AUGUCACUCAACGUCGAACCCUGCGUUGGCAAUUUUCCUGCCACUGGCGGUAACGCCACACACAACAUUAUCUCGCUUGUCGACACUAGACUUGCUUUUAAGGUGAAAUCCUCAAAUAAUGACCAUUAUCGUGUGCGUCCCGUUUACGGAUUUGUAGAAGCAAAGGCAACCACAACCCUGGAGAUUGUUCGCUUGACUGGUCCUCCCAAAGAAGAUAAAUUAGUUAUUCAAUGGGCAGAGGUUCCGGCGGAUGAGACGGAUCCCAUGGCUCCUUUCAAAGCUGGUGCUCAAUCUGGUGAAGUCAUCCUGCCAUUAAAAGCUGAAUGA